CAGAAAUCAUGCUCAAGUUCAAGCAACAAAGAAGGAAGCGAAAAGUAAAAGCAAAAAGAUUAUUUAAAAAAAAAGAAUUCUCUCACUUUCAGUCCAAGCUAGUUACACCUCCCCCUCCACCAUCCUCAACAGAAAGAGUGGUUAUUUCUUCAACAAACACACCUCCUAUCAGAACCUGGCUAAGAUCAUCCUGGAAUUUCAAAUUUCCCAGUAUCAAAGAUGCAGUCAAACUUUGGACAAAUAGAGGACGGUUUAUAUACAACUGGUGCCAGAACUGCAUAGCCCAGAGCUUAGAAGUAUUGAAAAACACCAUCUUUCCUUCCCGUUUCUGCCACCAAGAGCUUCAAAGUCUAAAACAACAGUUUUGCAUUUUGGAAAGUGAAUUAUGCAAGCUCCAGGAAGCACUGAAGACUAUCUCAGAAAAUUCUUCCUGUCCGAGCUGUGGUCAUCCCUGUUACAUGAAUGGUAAACUUACAAUAGUGCCUGCCUGUGCUGUAACCACCCCUGGAGAAUCGGGAGCCGUACUUCCUGCCACACUGCCAAAGCCAGCAGGCCAUCUUCCUCCUCCACCCCCACCUCCCCCCCCUCCACCUCCACCUCUGCCUCCCCCUCCACCACCCACAGCACCUUUGCUGCUCAGAAAAUCCAAUCUCACCAAAGCACUUCAGGCUGGACCAUUGAAAAAAGAUGGACCCAUGCAGAUAACAGUUAAAGAUCUAAUGACUGUGAAAUUAAAGAAAACCCAGAGUUUUGAUGAAAAGAAAAAGCUUGUUCCAUCACCAGAGGUACGGAAUCCGCUAGUUACCGUCUCUGACCUGCAGCGCGUUACCCUGAAGCCCAACUCCAAAGUGUUAUCAACUCGAGUUACAAACGUCUUAAUUAAUCCUGGUAAAAGUCAGAUAGACCUGCGGAAACUACUUAGAAAAGUCGAUGUAGAGAGGAGCCCAGGUGGGACCCCUCUUACCAAUAAAGAAAAUAUGGAAACAGGAACUGGACUGACUCCAGUAAUGACCCGGGCCUUAAGGAGAAAGUUUCAGCUGGCUCACCCUAGAAGCCCAACUCAAACUCUGCCACUUUCUACAAGCAACUAUGAUGAACAAAACUGAUGCCAACUCUGCCUGACUCCAUGUGAUCAUCCAUAAAAUAUCCAUAAAAUCACUCCACUCCUUCUUUAAAAAUGUAGUAUGUAUAAAUAAUUAUUCUAAUUUAUAAUUCCAUUUAAAGAAUUACAGUAUUAUGGAGCCCAUAUUUACUGUAGAUACUAGUAAAGUGGGUAUUUGGAUAUUUUCUGGUUUACAUGAUCAAUAAGAGAACAGAAUGGAAAAUACAAUCUCCAAAGUGAUGUUCAUCCUGGAAUUACCCAAUUUAGGUUGGAGAAGUUUUUUAAAUUUAGCUAGAUAACUAAUUUGUACUCUCUAGGUGCAUUUAUGACCUUAAGACAUUAACCUAGUUCCCAUUCAUCUUGGGUAUUCUCAGGUAAUUGAAAAGUAUUUCAGCUUUUAAAGCGCAUGCAUUCAUUAAGUGCUACAAACUUGAUCAAUAAGAAAGACCUCUAGGUUUUAUUUAUGUUCAUUAUGAACAGUUAAGAGAUAAGAGCAUCCUACAUCCAAACCCACCUAUUUUCCAAAAGGUUUGAAAGCAAAAGGUCCAAUGUGAUCUUAAAAAUUAGAAUAUAUCAUUUCUAGCCUCUUAGGUAGGGAGUCAUAUCUGGCUCACUGAAGUCUGAGAUAUUCAUUAUUUUGAUGUCUGCUGUCUACAUUCAUACAGCUAAAUAUAAAUUUCAUGAAGACUUCAGCCUGAACCUUGUAUUGUCCACAGUGCCCUAGCAAGGAUUCUUUGAGGUCCAUAGCAGGUUCACUAUAAGACCUGAUACCCUGUUGAUUCAAUAUCAAUAAUAAUGUACACCUAACUGGAUUUUUGUUCUUUCCUGCCAAUCCAGGUUUUCCAGAUUUAAUAAAUAUAAAUAUAUGACACCAAUCAAAUUUGAAUUUCAGAUAAAUAACAAAUAACUUUUCAAUAUAAAUAUGUCCCAUUAAACAAUGAAUACUUUGUUUAGUAUAAUAUUGCAUGGGACAUAUGUAUACUAAAAAAAAAAAAAAAAAAAAAA